AUGUCUGACGACGAAGGAGGAUGGGGUGAUGCUGGCGGCGGUGGCGGCGAGGACUACUACGAGAAUGACGAGCCCGAGUACGAUCCCGAUGAGCCAGUAGAACCCAUUGACCCAGAUGAGGAAUCGCACCAAGUCGAUGACAUUGCAGUCGGUCAGAAUCCAGACCAGCUCCUGGCUACAGGCGAACGAAGCGGUGUUAUUGAAGCUGGAGAUCUGGAUGCGGCCAUCGCGAGUAAAGUUAAGGGGAAGACACCGAAGGAUAAGAAGAUUCCCAGUGAGCAAAGGACGACGACACCUUAUAUGACAAAGUACGAGAGGGCGAGAAUUUUGGGGACCAGAGCGUUGCAGAUCAGUAUGAAUGCGCCGGUGCUGGUUGAUCUGGAGGGAGAGACGGAUCCGUUGCAAAUUGCGAUCAAGGAGCUGAGAGAGAAGAAGAUACCCUUGAUUGUGCGGCGGUACAUGCCUGAUGGAUUCUAUGAGGACUGGUCGUGUGAAGAGCUAUUGCAGUAG